CACUGGUGCUCUGACUCUCAUUCAUUCCUACACACAGGCUCACACACCUCCUCUCUCCUCUCUUUCUCUCUCUCAGAAUGACGAUUCUAGGUACAUCUUUUGGUAUGGUUUUCUAUUUACUUCAAGUCGUUUCUGGAGAAAGUGGCUAUGCACAGAAUGGAGACUUUGAUGAUGCCGAGCUGGAUGAUUAUCCAUUCUCGUGCUACAGUCAGUUGGAAGUAGAUGGAUCCCAGCACUUGCUGACCUGUACUUUUGACGACCCAGAUGUCAACAGCACCAAUCUGGAAUUUGAAAUAUGUGGGGCCCUUUUGGAUGUGAAAUGUUUGACUUUUAAUAAACUGCGAGAGAUGUAUUUCAUCAAGACAAAGAAAUUCUUACUGAUUGGAGACAGUGAAAUAUGUGUGAAGCUUAAAGAAAAGAAGAUAACUUGCAGGAAAAUGAAUGUAGUCAAGAUAGUUAAACCUGAGGCUCCUUUUGACAUAAGAGUCAUCUAUCGUGUGGGAGCAAAUGACUUUCUGGUGACAUUUAACACAUCUCACUUACAAAAGAAGUAUGUGAAAGAAUUACUGCAUGAGGUGGCCUAUCGCGAGGAAAAGCAUGAAAAUGACUGGAUGCAUGUGAACUUAUCCAGUACAAAGCUGGCACUCCUACAGAGAAAGCUACAACCUGAUGCAAUGUAUGAGAUUAAGGUCCGAUCCAUCCCUAAUCCUGACUAUUUUGAAGGCUUCUGGAGUGAAUGGAGUCCAAGCUUCCACUUCAGAACUCCAGAGAUCACAGGGAGGAUGGAUCCUGUUUUACUAACUAUUAGCGUUCUGAGUUUCUUCUCUCUGGCUCUGAUGGUCAUCUUGGCCUGUGCGUUAUGGAAAAAAAGAAUUAAGCCUAUUGUGUGGCCCAGUCUCCCUGAUCAUAAGAAGACUCUGGAACAACUAUGCAAGAAACCAAAAAAAAAUUUGAAUGUGAGUUUCAAUCCUGAAAGUUUCCUGGACUGCCAGAUUCAUAAGGUGGAUGGCAUUCAAGCUAGAGAUGAAGCUGAAGGCUUUCUGCAAGAUACUUCUCUUUCACAACCAGAGGAAUUUGAAAAGCAGAGGCUUGGAGGGAGUGUGCAGGGCCCCACCUGGCCAUCUGAGCAUGCAGUCACCACCCCAAAAACGAUCAGAGGAGAUUUGCCCCUCAGAUGCCUCGCUGGGAAUGUCAGUAUGUGUGAGGCCCUUGUGCUACCGUCUUCCAGGUCCCCAGACUUCAAGGAUGGUGGCAAGAAUGGGCCUCAUGUGUACCAGGGCCUGCUGCUUGUCCCUGGAACUACAAAUGGCCCUGGACCCACUCCACUUCCUUUUCAAUCAGGAAUCCUGACAUUGAACCCAGCUGCCCAGCGACAGCCCAUUCUCACUUCCUUGGGAUCCGGUCGGGAAGAAGCCUAUGUCACCAUGUCCAGUUUCUACCAAAACCAGUGAAUUGUCAGAAACCCAGGACUGGUACCAUGAUGACUGACAAAGAUGACUAAGCUCUACGUACUCUCCCUCACAGCACAAAGAAGACAGAAAUAAUGAAAUCUCCUCUGUAUCAUCUAGGGGAUUCAGAAGCAUGACCUGGACCACUCCUCCCCACUCCAGGGGCAUUUGGUUUGAGGCAGGAGCACUCUGCUUCAGGCAACCCAAAUUAUUCUAUUAUUUCAGAAAAAAAAUGGCAGGAAAGAAUGAAACAAAGGGUGAAG